AAAUAUCUUAGAGAGUUGGGAUAGAAUGGAACCUGUACAUUAUCAGAGUUUCCUAGCAUUCUCCCACUUUUCUAGAUAUCGAAGUAAAUUGGGAAGGAGAGAUGCACCUCUUAAAUUAGUAGAUCUUAUCCAACCAAACGCAGCAAAGAAAUGGGAGGAUUCCUUAGCUGAUCCACGAGAAGAAUCUCCUACCUUCUCUCUCUUCUUAAUCUUAAAUUGUUAUUUGCCGCCAAGCUCGCAACCUUCCUUCCAUGGCCGUCCGAUGCUCAUUGCAAAUUGGCGGGUCCCUCUAAUUGUGACCGCACCGUUGCUGCUCCAAGAGCCAAAAAACAAGAUGAGAGAGUCUUCCUUCUCGGCAUUUCUCCUCUCAUCCACACCUUCGGAAUUAACUUUGAGUCCAUGCAAAGCGAUUUCGAUUCCAGAUGGGUUGUUGGUUUAUGACUAUUUCCCGCAUUCUUGAAUCGAAACCUGUAUGAUUCCUCGAAGUCGAAGCAUUCUGAUCUGGAUUGUUGUAAUUGUUGUUCUUGGUGGUGUCCUUGUGUUCCUUCUUGAAGGGGCGGGUGAUCUUGUCUUCUGGGUCUGAAGUGGGUUAGUCUUAGAGAUGUUAGCUUCUGGUAUGAACUUGAUCACAACUGUGAUCGGGUUUGGGAUGAGCGCGACGUUUAUUGUGUUUGUCUGCACAAGACUAAUAUGCGGGAGGAUCCGCACAGUUGAGUCCCGCCCGGUAUUCGAGAUGGACUCCAGGGCUGAUGUUGAGCAGCCAGAACAUAGGACUAGUGGGCUUGAACCAGUUGUGGUUGCUGCAAUCCCCACAAUGAAGUUUAGCAGGGAGGCUUUCAGUUCUAUUGAAGAUGCACAGUGUUCAAUAUGUUUGUCUGAGUAUGAAGAGAAAGAAAUAUUGCGAAUUAUGCCCAACUGUAGCCACAAUUUUCAUUUAGCCUGCAUUGACCAGUGGCUACAAAAACAAUCAACCUGCCCAAUUUGCCGCUUUCCUUUAAAAGAAUCCUUUGAGAGAAAAUGUGUGGGAUCACCGACACUCACUAUGCUCCGUUGGUCAAUGGAUAGUCCUCAGGUUGUGAAUGACCAAUCUCACCAAUGGUUGCUACCUGAUAGUGAGCAUCCAUUAGAAAAUGGAGGUAACCAAGACAAUCAUGAAUCAACAACCAGAAACCUAGAAUCUGCUCCUAUUACAGAAUCAGAAACAAGGAGAUAGCAAAAGCAAGGAGAUUAGUGGAUUUCAGAGAAUAUAUUAUUCCUUGGCUUCUUGGAGGCAAUGAAUGCAUAUAAAGAAAUCCAACAUGCAACUGAAAUUUCCCUGAAUUCUGAUCUAUUGGUGAAUUGUUGUAAUUACAAAAUGUAUCUGGGUCUUGAGAUGUUGAAAAUUUCCAUGAAAAUAAAUUUGCAGUUGACAUUUCUUACGUCUCA